AUGCCAGCGAUGGUUGCGACGGGUGCGAACGCACAAACUUUGCCCCCUGGAGGAGGUCAACCUCAGAAAUCAAAGACCCCCGCCGAUCCGCCGAGAACCAUGGACGAGAUCGCAGAAGGUGCCCUACGGGUGCUCCACCACAUUGAGAACAGUGGUACGGAGGAUCCAUAUGUCACUGGAUUUAUUCGGUCCAUCCGAAAAUACGCAAUGAACGCCCAACGGGGCGACGGCCAGGGGAUGGCCAAGGUGUUUGAGGCGCUGACCAAGAUCAACGCCAACACCGAACGCCUCAAUCAAAGGAUUGAGAAGAUUGAAACCACCAUUUCCGCCCCCGCGGCGGAUCCCGCGGCGGCAUGGCGCAGCUUCCGCGCCAGAGACCAAGCGACCACUCCAGCUUCCGUAAACCGGAACAACACAACAUCGCCGCCAGGGAUACCUGAGGUCGAAACCCGCGAGGACCGAGAGGUCAUCGUCAAGGUUGGGGAGCCGGGACCAGAUCAGGAAGCUCACGCCGAAGAAUUUGGUUGA